GGAACCAUCGCGGCAUUUCGCGUGACUUCCAGACUCCGAGACUUCACACGGGCAAACAAAGAUGGUGGCUGCCUGAACGUCCAUGUGGCUCCGGAGACCGAGCAGACCCUUUACAACUUCUCUUUCAGUUUAGAUUUUUUUAUUUCAUUAAUCUCAGUAAUCUGUCCUUCAGUGCUGCUGCCGCCGGAAGCUCCGGGACGAUCCCAGAAUGCAGCACGACGACGUGAUCUGGGACAUCAUAGGAAACAAACAGUUCUGUUCCUUCAAAGUAAAGACAAAGAGUCAGAACUUCUGCCGUAAUGAGUUCAACCUCACGGGGCUGUGCAACCGCUCGGCCUGCCCGCUCGCCAACAGCCAGUACGCCACCAUCCGGGAGGAGAAAGGUCAGUGUUUCCUGUACAUGAAGGUGAUCGAGCGAGCGGCGUUCCCUGCCAAGAUGUGGGAGAAGGUGAAGCUCAGUAAGAACUACGAGAAGGCGUUGGAGCAGAUCGAUGAGAACUUGAUCUACUGGCCUCGCUUCAUCCGACACAAAUGCAAGCAGCGCUUCACCAAGAUCACCCAGUACCUGAUCCGCAUGCGCAAGCUCGUCCUCAAGAGACAGAGGAAGCUGGUUCCUCUGAGCAGGAAGGUGGAGAGGAGAGAGAAGAGGAAGGAGGAGAAAGCUCUGAUCGCCGCUCAGCUGGACAACGCCAUCGAGAAGGAGCUGCUGGAGAGACUGAAGCAGGGAACGUACGGAGACAUCUAUAACUUCCCGGUCCACGCCUUCGACAAAGCUCUGGAGCAGCAGGACGAGGAGAGCGAGUCUGAGUCUGAGGCGGAGGAGGAGGAGGAGGAAGAUGAUGAGGACGUUGGCAGGAGGGAGUUUGUGGCCGAGGACGAGGUGGAGGAGAGCGACCUGAGCGACUUCGAGGAAAUGAACAACCUGCAGGCGAGCAGCGACGAAGAGGAGCAGGACGAUGAAGAUGCAGAGGAGUCGAGUGAGGAAGAGGAGGAGGAGGAGGAGGAGAUGGAGGUGGAGACGAAGGCGAAGGCGAAGGCGAAGGCGAAGGCCUCGGGCUCCAAAGGCAAAUCUCCCGCCGGCGGCUCGGCGGCGAGGAGGAAGCGAGCGUACGUGGAGAUCGAGUACGAACAGGAAACCCAGCCGGCCGCCAAGAGCACGGCCACGUAGCCCCGCCCCCCGCCACCACGCGCCCUGGACUGUCCUGCAGGGGGCGCACGCCUCCACGCAACCUGAUUGGCUGACAGGCCACAGGUGUGCCAAGUCGGUCGAGUUAAAGUCACGCUCCCUUUUCUUUGUGUUUGUUUUUCUCAAAAUUGAACUCAGCGUCUGUCAUCACCAGAGGCUGGAAAACUCCGGAAAAAAAUGCUGAAUAUUUUUGGAGAAAAAACACAGAAAUAUAAGAAAGAAUCUGUCAGUCUGCAUCACAGACACUCUCAUUUAAUCAAAGCCUUUAUUUUGAAGGACAGGGAUGGACAGCUGUUUCCUCGGUGCGGGACGGUCUCGUGGUUUUUAGGUUUUUUUCUCUUCUAAAACUCUUCAGAUGCAAAGUGGGCGGAGCCACAGGUUCUGCUGCUCUGCGUUUGGACACACCGCUGAUUUCCUCCGAAACACGAGGAGCCGCUGAACAUGACGUGACCACAAAAAUAAAGAAAUUAGUGAAAAAGUUGCACAGCCUGGAAAAUUAAAUUUAAAAAAAGGAAAAGAAAAAGAAAUGUAAAAAAAAUCCAAAACAAAAUGAAGAAUGACCUGAAAUUAAGCAACAAAAAUAACUCCUGAAAAUUACAGAGAAAAAAAAAAAAAAAAAAACCCUAAAAAAAAAAAUUUUAAAUUAAAUUGAAAUAAAAAAAAAAAAGAAAAGAAAACUGGCCAACAAAAACAUAUUUUUUCGUAUACCAUCAUUACAUAUAAUAGUUGUCUGGACCUUUUUCCCAAGUUUUUCUCAUUAUUAUUAUUAUUAUUAUUAUUAUUAUUACCAUGAUUAAUAUUAAUAAUGAGGUUUUUUUUUUAAAUUUUCAGGUCAUUUUUUUUGCAACUUUUUGCUAAUUUCUUACGUUUUUAGGGGUCACAUCUUGUCCUCAUGUUUCUGAAAGAAGAAGAACGGGGUUGUGAGUUUCUGUGCUGACAGGCGGAACCAGGAGAACCAACAGAACAUCGAGGAGUGAGAACAAACCCACGAUUCAGUUUUGUGUUUGUGUCGUCCUGCGGCUGCUCGGCUCGUCGUCGUGCCGCAGCCCAGACCCGUGAGCCGACCUCGGCCCCGACACCUCACGUCGCUUUAUUUACAUGUUUAUUUGUUUUUUAUUAUUUAACCCUAAAAGCUGAGAAACUAAGAGGCCACGAGCUCAGAGGGCAUGAAUGUCAAUAAAUCCAUUUUGCUAAAAAGAAAAAAAAAAAGUCUGUAUGUUGUAAUUCCAAGCUCACUACUUUUUGUAAAAAAAAAAAAAUGCAGAAAGCUUUUAUUUUCUGUAAAACUUGAAAUA